UUCUCUCUCUCUCUCUCUCUCUCUCUCUCUCCCACACUCACACACACACACACACAGAAAGUGAACGCACGGGUAGCAAAUAUCAUUUACAGAGAUACAAAUGGAAUUCAAUGUUGAAGACGGCAAACACCUCCACGACGAGUGCUCCACAUUAAUUCUGCCUGCGUUGUCGAUUGGUAAUGUGGGGCAGCUGGCGGUGGAUCUGUUGAUAUCGUCGAUGAGAGCUGAUAGAAUCGGUUACUUAGAUGAUCCAAACGUUCUUCCCUGCGUCGGCAACGAUGCGUAUAUCCCUUCACCUCAAGGCGACCUUGCUCUCCCUCUCGAAGCUUACGAUUCAUGUUCUAAUUCAUUGUGUCUUAUCCAACAGAGAUCUCCGACUGUUAAGGGGAUGAUGGUUGAACUUGCUAAGAAUUUGGCUGAUUUUGCUGCUGCUAGCGGAAAGAAGCAUAUUGUGGUGCUAUCUAGCUUAGAUUUUGGGCGGUGGCAGACAAUUGAUGUCUCAAGUGGUUCGCAGAUAUAUUACCUCUCUAGUGCCUGUAUGGAUGGAACAGAUGAUAAUUGUGACAAACUUGGGUGGAAAAGACUGCAGGACUACAAUCCUGUUCAGAGGGGGUGGAAGUAUAUUAGCACCUUAGCUGAAGGUAAUUCUGUGCUGGAAGACAGUUUGCCUUUUGAAGAUGAACUGGGUGAAGAGGAUUACUACCCAAGUUUGCCUUUUGCAGCACUAUUUUCUUGUUUCAAGGCCAAAGGGUUGAAGGUCACCUGCUUAUUAUGUUAUUGCUCUGAAGGAGAUAAUAUACCCGAUGCUUUCCACUUGGCUGACGCAGCAUGCAAACUUUUGGGGCUGAACCCUACUAAUUUUCAAGGCAAUGAUGGUGGUAAUUGGAUCAUUCCAUUUUCAUGGAAGAGUGUGUAUGGACCACCACCAGAUAUGUCUCUCUUCUAGGUUGGAACAAGGUAAAUGUCUGCAGAGAUACAAAACUUAUGGUUUCAGCAUUUGGCAUGGUAAUAUUACUUUCAAUAUGCCAUUUUGUUGCUUUUCGUCCCUGCUAGUGAUAGGGAAGCAUGUAUCAUAGGGCCAGAAGCGAAGAUACUAAUGAUUGUUUGCAAAUUGAAUUGAAUAUUCAUCUUACGUAUGCUAGAAUGAAAGCUUGCCUAUUUUAUGGUUAGAAAGUUAAUUUGUGUUGAAGGUACAUAUCCGCGUCCUUUG